AUAAGGGAGGGACAAUUUCUUAUGUCCAAUAGUCAGCGAAUGACUCAUGCUAUAAGGUGUAUUGGGAUCGCCAAAUGGGGUUUUGUGGAAGGCAGAAAUGCUUUGAUAAACAGAAACGUUCAUGAACCUUACACAGCAAUGUAUAAAGUAAAUCCAGUUUUCAAACAAGGAAAACCAGCGGCUUUGAAUCCUAAUCACACCCAUUUCUUAUUGAUUGACGACGGCUUCAGUCAAACCUUUCGAGGUAUUGAAAUCUUUCGAACAGAACUGGAACAACGAAUCGCAGCGCCACUCUAUGGGCCAGAUCCCGGUCUAGGGAUUCCUGUUGUGUUAUUGCUUUUGGAAGGCGGGUUUGAUGCUAUCUCUCACGUACAUAUGGCAAUUACUUGUCGGAUUCCUGUGGUAAUUUGCGCGGGAACUGGACGAUCUGCUGAUAUUCUGGCCUAUGCUUACAACAGUUCCACCGAAAAUGCAAACGGCGAUCGUGUUGUCAGUGACUUUCACAGGACUAUUAUAGAGAAGAUGCUAAUAGAAGCUUGCGAGAAAACUUUCCAAUUGCAACAACAAGAAUUGAAAGCAAAAGUGUCCUUGAUAUUAAAUUGUUGCAGAGACGAAAAUCUGAUAACUAUUUUCGAUAUAGACUCGGAUGAAGAACUUGACUCAGCAAUUUUGGUAGCAUUAAUGAAAGGUAAGGGAUGUAGUCAUAGACGGGAGCAACUACAACUAGCUUUGAAGUGGAACCGAGUGGAUUUGGCAAGUCAAUUGUUCACCAGUCAAGUCUUUUGGCCCCCUGGAUGUCUGGAGGACUCCAUGACAGAGGCUCUUGUGAUGGACAGGGUGGAGUUUGUCAAGCUUCUGUUAUUGAAUGGUGUUGUGAUGAAGGAUUACCUAACCGUUGGUCGUCUCAGACAUCUCUACAACGCUUGCAUAUUUGCAAGUAUCUACUAUUUGUUAGACUAUAUAUUAAUGGAGAAAUCCAAAAGAAAUUCCCAUCCUCGACUUUUAGUUUUUCUUCGGUCUGUUUCUCCAACAGUUACUGACAACGUUAUGUUAUGGGAUAUUCAUCUACUCCUGCGCCACCUAAUGAGAAUGCACAACUGGUAUUAUUACAGCGACAAAACUAAAGUUGUAGACCACCUGCCACAUGUUAUCGGAUCAGCUGAAAAUUUUGAUAAACCUUUUCGUGAACUUUUUCUUUGGGCAGUGUUUCUGCAGAGGAAAGAAAUGGCUGUGUUCUUGUGGAAAGAAGCUGUUGAUGCUCUGAAUCUGGCUUUAGCUGCUACUUGCAUCUACUGGAAGAUUAGUAAAGCAAUGAGUAUCCAUGACGAUUUAUUGCGAAGUCAACUGCUCAGUUUUAAAAAGACUUUUGAACAAAUAGCGAUUCAGCACAUCAACCAAUGCUACUCCAUGGACAGGGAUAAGGCAGUAGAACUAAUUGAAACAUCAAGUACCUACUGGGGGGGCAUGAGCGCCCUGGAUAUUGCUCUCUCUGCUAACGACCUUGAAUUCAUUUCAACACCAUGCUGUCAACAAUCGAUCAGCCAGGCUUGGUCUGGGGGCCUUGCUACUUCUUCCUCUGUAAAGGUAAAUUUAGCCCUUUUCAACCCAUUUUUGAUUUGGACUUACUUGAAGUUCUGGAACGAGAAAACUACAAAGAAGCCCCCUGGAUUUUUCGCUAAAGCUCGGAUUUUCUAUACAGCACCGAUAACAAAAUUUUUCUACUAUUUGUAUUCCUACAUUGGCUUCCUAGCUCUUUUUUCCUACGUGAUUUUGUUUGAAUUCCACGAGACUGCUGGAUUCUUUGAGUUGGUAUUACACGUGUGGGCUCUCACCUUAGUCUUGGAAGAAGUACGAGAGAUCGUGACCUACCCUUCGGAACGGAAGUUACACAAACUCAGAGACUGGUUUCAAGAAUACUUUUGGAAUAAAGUGGACGCUGCUUGUAUAGUCUUGUCUCUUGUUGGAGUCUUGCUAAGAACCACACAGCAAGUGAUUGGUAGUCAUUAUUUCUUGCUUCAGGUAGACGAUGUUCACCUGGUGAUGACCAUCAGUUGUGCCUUAUUCUAUAUCCGUCUGUUCAAGUGUUACAUGGUCAGUUUUCAUCUAGGACCAAAGCUGGUUAUCAUAAAGCGUAUGCUUGUGGAAGUCGUCUUGUUUCUUCUCAUCCUGCUAAUCUUCAUUCUGAGCUACGGGGUAGCUAGUCAAGCUCUUCUUAAAAGAAAUCGUCAACCUUUUCUGGGAAUAUUUAGGGAAGUCUUCUAUUUACCCUACUGGCAACUGUACGGAGAACUGAACCUGGAUAGGCUUGAAGAUUUCUACUAUGAUUGCUCACGUGAGAAAAGCGAUUGUAGCGACAGCCCUCACGCAUGGUUGGUUCCAGUUAUGUUGGGCGUAUACAUGUUGCUAGGCAACGUACUUCUAGUCAAUCUACUUAUUGCAGUCUUCAGUCACGUGUUUGAGGAAGUCAACAAACAUUCUCAGGAAAUUUGGAGGUACGAGAUGGCUUUAAUCGUGGCGGAGUACACGAGGAAACCGACACUGCUUCCUCCUUUCGUUAUUCUGGAACAUACUUACUUAGUAAUUAGCUGGUUGUGUAACAAGAUCAGGAGUCGCUACUGCAGCAAGGGAUUAAAAGACGUUUGGUAUCACUCAAGUAUUAUGAAUACUUAUGCAGAACAUCAAAGUUUCUUCGAGAAAGAAGGGAAAGCGAAAUUUUUAAAAGGCAGAAGUUCGGAAGAAACGGUGGUAGAAAAUUUGAUUCUCAAGUGUCAAAAAAAAAUUGACGACAUACAAAAUUCAGUUAAUGAAACCAAACAUGCCAUUCUACUUGGAAUAGUGCAUCCGUCUAUGUCUUCUGAGACUGCGAUUGGGGCGCUACCUGACGACGAAACAUCAACAACUGAUCAAACAAAGACUUAUACAUCUCGGUGGGAUCUUGUCCGUCAAACUCUUAGAAUGGGAGGCUUUAACAAGAAGUCAAACUUCCUUGCGGACGUUAAAGUGAAUAUGGCCAAGAUGGAUCAGAAGCUUUCAGUUUUGGAAGAAGUUGAGAACAGGCUGUCGACUCUGGAACAUUCAGUCGGAGACAUAAUUCAUCAUAUGAAAAUUAUGACCUCGAAAUUUGCUGAUAUUGAAAAAUCUCUAACAAACAAACAUCGAAAUUAGAAUCAGUAAAAAUCGAAUAAAAGGUUUGUUGAAAUACAAAUUUAAGUAAUGUUCUCAUUAUAUUUCAUCAAAAUACGAAUUCUCAACAACAUUUUGCUUACUUAAUUCUGUAAUUUGUUCUACUAUUACCUUGAUAUGUUGAUAGUCAAAUUAAUAACAAAAAGUCAAUCAAAAUAUUCAGAAAAGCUCAAUACGAAAAUUAAUCCACAUUCGGUUUCCAACUAGUUUUUAUACACUUUUUACAAAGUGCUACAUUUGUUUACAAAAUUAUUUAUUACCAAUAACUUAUGAUCAAAAAUUUAUGGGGAGAUAAAAGAUACCAACUUCUCAGUUGAACUUUAGUUAAUUAGAAUAGACUAUUAAUUAGUAUCUCGUACUUAAUAAUCAGAAAUGGUGGACUCUUCUGUAACAGUGUAAUUUUGAAACACGAUACGCACUGUAAUGUCAAAUAAAAGGACUAUUUCGACGCUUUGUUGUUGUUGUAACUGUAACCACGAAAGUGGUGCUGAAAUUAGUAGCAGCUUUAUAAUAAAGUUUCAUCAUACUUGGGAUUUAUUAUUGAAUCCAUGGUGUACAGUUUUGCUUAUUGAAAUGAGCUUACUUUAGUGAUUUUUGUA